AUGGAGGUUAUGCUGACCUUGAGAGGAGAGGCGGUGGUGGGACCAGGUCUUGCCGCGGUUGGAGUCACGUUCCACCAUCACGUGACUUGCCGAUGUGAGUGUGUGCUCUGGCAAGGGUGGGAGGGGAGGUUUGGUUUAGGGUUUAGGGUUUUGGGUGGAGGAGGAGCUCUUAGAGAAGAGGGGUUAUCAGCGGCGAUGGUGGUGGAGGCAGUUGCGGUGGUAUUGGUGUGGCUGGGUUUUGGUUUUGGAAGAAGGGUCUUGAAGAGGGUGGUGCAGUGGCAGUUACAGGAUUCGAAAGCUGACUGGGCAAAAUUUAUAUACUAA